UGCAUGUGAAGUUGACGUAAGCAGAUGUGGGACAGGUUCUCACGUCACAGCUGAAGCUGGAAUAUUUUAUUGUAUCGUAGACAUUGUGUUCUCUUAGAGUUCCUGGUUUGCUUGUUAAAGAACGUGUUUUUGAUGUUGUUUAGAAUCGUUUAGAGUUUUUGAAUGGUGACCGUUCCGGAACAUGUAAUCAUAUGGACAGGACUUUUUACCACCUUUAUAAUCAAACUAAAGUAAUGCUGGGAGUCAAGUUGGUGGUAGUCAUUUUGAAACCAAUGACUAAUCUUCAAAACCACUGAUGCCUAACUUGAUGAGACUCAAGAGUCACUACUUGUACCGUCAUGGCUGAAGGAUAUCUUGGUGGAGAUGACUAUCUUGUCAAGAGACUUCGGCUAACACUUGAUGUAGGUGUCCAUGGGACGUUUUCUGGGAAGUCCCGACAACAUUUUUCUCAUCAGCGGAAUCACAGUUUAGACUUCAGGCAACUCCAUACAACUGUCCAAACUCAUCACCGAAACCGGAGUCUAGACUCUGUGCUUCAGGGGAUUCCAGAAAGUGGGACUCAACUUUCUACUUUUGUCAAACCUUCCUUAGCUCUAUCUAUUGGUACCACUUCUCCAUGCUCUUCUUUCUCUCAGAAUUCUGCCCCUCUUGGAGGGGGAACUAAAGACACUGACCGGACCAGUCUAGCUUCUGAUGACAGUGGUAUAUUUAACUCAGAUGAUGGUGACAGAGCAGCUAGAAUAACAACUUUUGACACUUCCUCCAUCAGCUCUGAGCAGAGAACAAACAGUUUCUCCCAGUUAUGUCUGGAUUGUGAACCUUCUCGUCUGGAUGUUGAAGUGGAUGUUGUACCCAUGGAAACAGAACCUGACAAUGCUGAAAUAACAGUUGAUGAAGUGAGUGAACUAAAGCCCAAAGAGGCUCAACAUGCUAAUAUAACAGCAACAACUCCAGCAUGGUCAGAUAAUACUAAAGUUCCAGUUGUGCUUUCUAAAAACCCACCACCACGAGAAUCCUGGUUAUUAAGACUCUUUGAGUCAAAACUUUUUGAUAUGUCUAUAGCAAUCACAUAUCUCUUUAAUUCAAAAGAACCUGGAGUGUUGUCAUAUAUAGGCAACAGGAUUUUUAGCUUCAGUGACAAGGAUGUUGAGUUCUUCCUGCCACAGUUGGUUAGUCUCUACGUUCAUCAUGCUGACGUUGCAGAUGCCAUACACCCUUAUCUUGUCUAUAGGUGUAAUAAGAAUGUAGACUUCUCACUUCAAUUGGUGUGGUUAUUGAUAGCCUAUUGCUCUGACACUAAUGCCCCUUUGCGAAGAAAGUCUCAAGGAGUAAAGCUGAAAAAUAAGAUUCUCUCAGAAGAACUGAGGCAAUUCCCACCCACUCAAGGAACACCAUUGUCUGGUCAUUUACCACCUGUAAACAAUCCAUCUACAGCCAAGAAAACCCAUCACAGGUCAUUUUCAGAUGCAACAGGAUUAGGAGCUGGAGGAAGUAGCAAUCGACAAAUAUCUAGUCCUCUAACUCCAAAGGAGAAACGGGUUUUAGGAGACCUGUCCUCUGGACAGGCCUUUAAUAGUAGGUGUGUUUGUUUCGAGAGCUGUGAAGGCAUGUUCAGUGACUUGAGAGGACAAAGAAUUCAGUGUCAUUGCCAGGCUCCAAGGUUAGCUCCUGAAAAUGAAUUUGUUAAAUCACUUAUUUCUAUUGGAUUACGUCUGCAACCGCUUCUCACAAAGGAACUUAAAACUCAACGGCUCCAAGCAGAACUCUCUGUGUUAAAUGUUAAUCUUCCAGCACGAGUUUGGUUACCUAUUCAUUCAUCCAGCUGUCCACAUCUAGUGGUCCGAGUCCCACCUCAGGCUGCUGUUGUACUCAACUCUAAAGAUAAGGCUCCCUACAUUAUAUAUGUUGAAGUGGUUGAGGUUGAAGACAUGGAGACAAGUCCUAUUCCUUUGAAGAUUGUUAACACUCUUCGCCAGACUCGAUCUGAAGAAAACCUGUUGGACUACUACAGUCAUCAGGACGUAUCUCUUAGCUCCUUCUCUCUCUACCCAAGUGUUGAUGAUGAUGGAGAAUGUUGGAGUCAAGAAGAUGAUGAUAUAUCUGUGCAGUUACAGUACAUUAACUGCCUCAAGACCAGAGACAGAGAUACCAUUUCCCAGUUUUCCCAAGAUAGCACUACAAGUGCAGAUAGGGAUCCUGUCUUGGUGGCUGCUGGAGACAUAAGGCGUAGACUCACAGAGAGUAUUAAUGUGCCAAAGACUACAUUCAAGCGAGAUCCAGAAGACCCAUCAGCAGCUGCACUUAAAGAACCCUGGGAAGACAAGAUCAGAAGAGUUCAAGAAUCAUCACCGUAUGGCCACCUGCCUGGAUGGCAGCUUUUGGCUGUCAUAGUCAAAUGUGGUGACGACUUGAGACAAGAACUUAUGGCCUAUCAAGUUUUGGCAACUCUCAAGAAAAUAUGGGAACAGGAACGAGUACCACUGUGGAUCCGUCCAUACCGUAUCUUGGUGACUUCAUCAGACAGUGGUAUGAUUGAGCCUAUUCUGAAUACUGUAUCUCUCCAUCAAAUCAAGAAACACAGCAAGAUGUCACUUCUAGACUACUUUCUACAAGAAUUUGGUUCAUUGACUUCAGAAGAAUUUCUAUCAGCACAGAAAAACUUUGUAGAGAGUUGUGCUGCCUACUGUCUUUUGUCAUACCUCAUUCAGGUGAAGGACAGACACAAUGGAAAUAUAUUGUUGGAUGCUGAAGGCCACAUAAUCCACAUAGACUUUGGCUUCAUCCUGUCUUCCUCUCCAAAAAACCUUGGCUUUGAAAACUCUCCCUUCAAACUGACACAAGAAUUUGUCAAUGUCAUGGGAGGUCUCGGGAGUGAUAUGUUUGAAUAUUUUAAGAUUCUCAUGCUUCAAGGACUUCUUGCUGCUCGUAAACACCAUGAGAAGAUUUUAGCUUUAGUUGAAAUCAUGCAGGCCAGUGCACAGCUACCUUGCUUUAAAAAUGGAGCAAGUGCUGUGAAAGGUCUAAGGGAACGAUUUCACAUAGGCCUAACUGAGGACCAGCUUCAGCUCCGUGUUGAUAGCAUGGUGGAGUCCAGUAUGCAUUCCCUGACAACUAAAUUGUAUGAUGGUUUUCAGUAUUUAACUAAUGGAAUUCUUUGAAGCAGAGUAGGUCUAGUUCCUUGAAAGCUAGAGAGACUACAAGAUUUCUUGAUGUAUAAACAUCUUGUAAGUAUUUUCAAGUGUUUCACAAGAGGAAAAAGACUUAUUUAUGAUUAUUUACUGGAGAUAAGUUUGGUGUGAUUACAAAGCUGUGUAAAGAAUGAUCUUCAAAUGGUAUUAUGUAUUUGUGAUUAUCAAACAGUAUACCAUGAACAUGACAACCAGCAUUGAACUGUCUUGGCAAAGAGCUGUUUUUUGUCAAGAGGAAACAAAGUUUUUAUUAUCUUUCUUCAUAUUACAUCUCAUUCCAGUUUACCUCCGAUUCAUCUAUGAUAUCUCAGCUGGAGUGGAAAUGCUAAUUGUGCUAGCACAAUAAUUAGUGAUGUACUCCAUUGUGUCUUCAUAGUGAAUAAAUCCAAAUGACCCACAUAGUGUUAUUCCACAGUAACUCUUUUUUUUCAAUUUUUUGCCACUCUUUACACAAAUGGCUAAGUUAGACCUAGAGGAUGCUUCCAGCUACAAUGUGCCUUCAAUAAUAAUUUUAUCAUUCUCUUCUAUAUAACUGUUGCACUUUUCUUUAUUUUUUGCCAUCUUAUCAACAUUGUUAGAAUUUCGUGUAGUAUGUAGUAAUAUAAUUGGAUGGAGAGAUUCAAACAUUUGUUAAUUUCUAAAGUAGCUGCAACAACUUCUGGAUUAACUAGAGUGACUUAUAAGGUACUCUGUAAAUCUGGUACAAUUAAUUUAGCUGCUAAAGUUGUUAAAAGUAGGUGAUAUGUAUCUUCUAGAGUAUUUCCUGAAUGCCCCAUAAAUGCUUAAUACAUUACACAAGCUUAGUACCAUAUGAAAACUUUGGUUACUUGUCAGUUUAGCAAUUUGUCCAAGAUUCAAGACAGCUGGAAAAAUCUCUUAACUUGACUAGUGAUCAUUGCAUCUAUCAUAAAACAAAUACUAUUACGAAACUUGAAGGCACGAGUUAUACAAAAAAUACAGAUAAUGAUAAUAGAAGUGACAUUAGGGGAUAUUGCCUUAUAUUAUCUGGCAUAUGUUGGUUUAUGUAUGCUGCAUGUUUUUUCAUUUGUAGACUUUUACUACAUUCACACAUAAAUCAUAUAUUAACAUAGCUGAAAGGAAAGGUUUUCUAAUAGGAGUCACAAGGCCAUUAUUUCAGGAAACCUAUAGUUAUAAAGCUAUGGUAGUUUCAAGUAUAAAUGAAGCACUAAACCCUCCUGGAUACCGUACCAUCAGGUCAGCUUUGCCAUUGCUUUUGAAGAGUGAUAUCAAUAUUAGAUACAGAAUAUUAAUUCAUUAUUUCUUUCCGACUAAAUUGUAUAUUGUGAUCAAUUGAAAUUAAUGAAUUUGAGGAUUUUUUUUGUGUAAAAACAAAUCUAGUUUUUGGUGUAAUAAUAAGCAAGUGUGUUAUUAGUAUAUGUUGGUUACUAUUUUAUUUAUGUGUAUAUAGACACACUUUUAUGAUGGAUAUUUUGUGCCUUGUACUUUUUUUUGGACCCACUAGAAGACGGUUGCUGUUUCUUCUAUGAUAACUUGUUGAAACAAUAUUAACACCUUACAUAUGUGUUGGUCUUGUUCAUAUAACAAACAUUAAUAAUAUACUUGUUUCUAGGUAUGAAUAUUUAAAAGUAUUCUUCGUAGCUUAACAGUGUUGCUAGUUAUUAAUAGUUCUGUAUAAAAUUUUAAUAUUAGUAACGAGUAAAAGUUUUUCCAUCCUAUAGUCAGUGGGAUAUAAUAAGCUGAAAUGUCCAUGUAAAUAUUCAACUCUUUGAGCUGUGAUUGUGUGAAAGGGAAAAUAAAGUGUAGUAGCUACUCUGGAAUGUAAAAGAAAUAUAACCAGGCAUCCUAUAAAGCAUUUUUUUAUAUUUUGAAAAUUUAGUGGAUUUUGUCAGAUUUUAACCCCUUGACUUCUAGUACAUAAGCAUGCCAUAAAGAAUAUCAGUUGGAACUGCAAUCCUUCUGCAUCAGCUUAUAAGAUUUAGAAACUGCUUCAUCAAAGAAAAAAAUGUAGUGAAAUGCAUGUUUGAUAAACCUUAAUAAUUACAGAAAAUUACAUAGAAUUUAACACAAGACUGAGAGGGCAAUAGACAUUUCAAUGUGUUAAAAAAGGAAACAUUAUUUUUAUCAGAAAUAUUCCAGCAUAAAAGUGUUUAAAAAUUACAAAUUUGAUUGUGUAAUGUUGUUUUUUUUCCAUUCUUUGUGUAUUUUUUGACA